AUGGCUUCAGCAGCGGCACCCAAGGUGCCUGUUUACUCUUCCAAUGACCUCAAGUCAACAACAGAUGAUGCCCUAGUUCCCUACCUAUCAACCCUUCCACGACCCUAUACAUUCAAGCAAGACCACUUCAAGACAACUGUCCGUUUUGUCGUGGGAUACAGCGCUGUCGCAAUUGCUGCAUUCACAUUUUACGCAGACCGCAAGCUAGGUUGGGAAGCGACACGGUCGCCAUGGAUCAUUGCCGCCGUGGCCUCGUACUUCAUCCUGAACUCGAUUCUCACUUACUGGAUUUGGGCAGUUGAGGCCAGCGAAGUCUUCCGGGGGAAGCGCGGUUCUGGCGAGACGAUAUCAAUUCGUUCGUCCGUCAAGAAACACACGCCACUUUACAAGCUACAAGUCCAGUAUAAAUCCGCAUCAAAUACCAUUCUCGAGGAGAAGGAGAUCCAGGCACCGUUCACAGCUUGGUUUUCUGCGGAUGGGACCUUUCACCCAGAUCCUUUGCGCAAGUGGCUUGCUAAGGAGAUUAAAGUGUUAGGGUUGGCUGCUCAAGAAACUGAAAAGAAGACUGGCGGUGUAGCCAGCGUUGUAGGAGUGGAGGAGUCUGACAGCAACGGAAAGAAGAGUUCGAAAAGUCCAAGGUAA